AUGACUAUAAUUUCUCAUCGAAUGAAACUAAUCAAACAAUGGUGGCGCUUGUUGAUCAUUUUUCUCGCUCCAAUUAUCCUUCUACCACUUCCACUAAUUGUUCAAUCAGAUCAAGCACGAUGUGCUUAUAUUGUACUUGUUCUCACGGUUUACUGGGUGUCUGAAGCGAUUCCAUAUGCAGUGACUUCCAUAUUACCACUUUCCUUCUUUCCGUUGGCAGGUAUCAUAUCUAGUGAUGAAGUAGGAUUGAACUAUUUUAAGGGAAUAACAACAUUAUUUGUCGGAAGCAUGAUGCUAGCUCAUGCGAUGGAACAUGUUCGUUUGCAUCGACGACUAGGAUUAUUUGUUCUUAGCAUUGUUGGUUCAUCAAUUAAAUGGAGUAUGGCUGGAUUGAUGGGAGUGACUGCCUUUUUGAGUAUGUGGAUUAAUAAUUCUGCAGCGACAAGUAUCAUGAUACCUGCAGCGAUUGCCAUUAUUGAUGAACUUGAAAAUCAUCAACAGGGAAGACAAAACCUAUCCAUAGUCGAUAAAUUGGAAGAUCAUCAAUGGUCAAAAGAGAAUGUAGCCAUUGAAUCAACUGAUGCUUUUCAUAAUAAAACAUGUAUUGACGAGCAAUUGAAAGAAAUUCACACAAUUCAAGAGAAUAUUCCAAUAGAUUUAAAUGGACAAGUAAUUCAUAAUCAGCAUGAUGACUCAUCAAAUAUGGCAUUAAAGUAUACGCCGAUAAAUAAAAUAGACUAUCGACAACUGAAAACUGCUUUUCUCAUUGCUGUGGCCUAUAGUGCAGCAAUUGGUGGCUUAGCAACAUUAGUCGGAACUGGCCCAAAUAUUUUUGUUAAAGGAUUUGUUGAUGAUUUCUAUAGCGAAGGGCCUCAUGCAUUUGAAAUUUCUUUUACAAAUUUUCUUCUCUUCGCUUUACCUAUCGGUGUUAUGAUGCUCAUCAUCUGUUGGUUGUGGUUACAACUUUUAUAUAAUCGUAGAGAAUUAUUACCAUGGAUAAAAAUGGACGCAUAUGAUAUAGAAUCUCAAAAACAUUUAAAAUCUGUUCUCAAAGAACAAUAUAAGGAACUAGGUCGUCUCAGUUGGGAAGAAUAUACAAUAUCAAUUUUAUUUUUGGCCAUGGUUAUUCUUUGGGUGACACGUGAUUUUUCAACUUAUCCUGGAUGGGAAAUUAUUUUUCGAAAAGAUUAUGUUGCGGAUGCUACAGUUGCAAUACUUAUCGGUACAUUACCACUUAUUCUACCAAAUAGAAAUCCGUUUAGUAAAAACUGGGAAUAUCAACCUAUCGUUCAUUGGGAACAAAUAUCUAAAAAGUUUCCUUGGGGUGUAUUUAUGUUACAAGGUGCCGGUUUGGCUAUUGCUGAAGGAUUCAAAAUAUCGAAUCUAUCGGCUACAAUUGCCACUUUUCUUCGAUUUAUUGUGGGAGCUCCUGAUAUUAUUAUAAUUUUUGUUGUUAUUGUAUUGAGCGCACUAUUCACUGAAUUUACCAGUAAUCUUGCCUGUGCCACAAUUUUGUUUCCUAUACUUGACAGCAUUGUAAGACAUAUUCUUAUCUAUUAUUAA